AUGCCUGCGCCGGAAAUACAAAGGGAAAACAGAAAGGGACAUGAGAAGAGAACCAUAGAAAUAGCAACUUACCAGCCAACAGGAUCUCUUCCUCAACCUCGUGAGUCCACACAAGAAGGAUGUACCACAAUAAUAAGAAGAGGUAGUAAAUGCAAGGAAGGCUCUUUCAAUCCUUCCAAGAGACCAGCAUCUGUGAGACCGCGCUCUCCAAAAUCCGUGGCUGUAGUUAUGACACUGCAGCCCGGGGCUGAAGAUCGUGGUCUCACAUGUGCAAAGGUAUUGACAGAGACUAGAAAGAAGAUUAACUUCGGUGACCUUGGUAUCUCUGCGGUACUGACAGGCGGCCACUGGAGCCUGUAUUUUAGACGUACCAGGAGCAACGAAAAAGCAGACUCCCUCGGCUAA